UUCUGUACUCUGUAGCAUUUGAAAACCCUAAUAUUCAGUCUUGAUCAACUUGUAAAUUUUUGAUAAAAAAAAAAUGGCGAUUUGUAGGGCAAGAACAUGGUUGGUAAGAAGCUUUUCGUCACUUCCUUUCAACCGGUUACGUGUCUGUGUUGUUGGAAGCGGACCUGCUGGUUUUUAUUCAGCCGAAAAGAUGUUGAAAGCGCAUCAAGGAGCAGAAGUUGAUAUUGUGGAUCGGUUGCCGACGCCUUUUGGAUUAGUCCGCUCCGGCGUAGCACCUGAUCAUCCUGAAACAAAGAUUGUAAUGAACCAAUUUUCUCGGGUUGCACAAAAUGAACGCUGCUCAUUCUUUGGAAAUGUGUCUGUUGGAUCUUCUGUAUCUUUGUCUGAGCUUCGCCAGAUGUAUCAUGUGGUGGUGCUUGCCUAUGGUGCUGAGAGUGAUAGAGUUCUUGGUAUUCCAGGAGAAGAUUUGACAGGGGUACACUCUGCUAGAGAAUUCGUUUGGUGGUACAAUGGACACCCAGAUUGCACAAAUCUAACUCCAGACUUGAAGAGAACUGACACAGCUGUUAUUCUUGGCCAGGGCAAUGUAGCUCUUGAUGUUGCACGUAUCCUUUUACGACCAACUGCUGAAUUAGCAACAACUGAUAUUGCUAGUCACGCUUUGGCUGCUCUAGAGGAGAGUUCUAUAAGGAAAGUUUACCUGGUUGGAAGACGCGGACCAGUGCAAGCAGCUUGUACUGCAAAAGAGCUACGUGAAGUUCUUGGUAUUAAAGAUUUGUAUAUUCAAAUUCAGGAAAUUGAUUUGCUGAAAACCACAGCAGAUGAGGAAGAACUGAAGAAUAGUCGAAUUCAGAGGAGGGUGUAUGAGUUGCUCUCCAAAGCAGCCAUCUCAGGACCUUCCUAUCCCAGUUCUGGUCAACGUGAACUCCACUUUGUUUUCUUCCGGAAACCAGAUAGGUUUCUAGAUUCAGGUGACAGAAGUGGCCAGGUCGCUGGUGUGCGCUUUGAGAAGACAGCUCUGAAAGAUGUUGGCUCCGGGAAACAGAUUGCAGUUGGUGCAGGGGAAUUUGAAGACCUUGAAUGCGGUUUGGUGCUAAAAAGUAUUGGUUACAAAUCCAUACCAGUUGAUGGUUUACCAUUCGAUCAUCAAAAAGGCAUUGUUCCGAAUGUUAGAGGACGUGUUCUAAAUGAUACUUCAGGAGAUCUCACACAUCUUGAGGAGGGGUUGUAUGUAUGUGGGUGGUUGAAGAGAGGACCUACAGGGAUCAUUGCUACCAACCUUUACUGUGCUGAAGAAACUAUUGCAAGCAUAUCUGAAGACCUUGAGAAAGGAGCAUUAGCAUCGGCAUCUACCUUCCCCAAGCCAGGCAGAGAGGGACUCCUUCACUUAUUAGAUAGCAGGGGCGCCAAAGUAAUUCCAUUCGGUGCCUGGGAAAAGAUCGACUCUGAAGAAAAGAGGCUUGGGAGUUUGAAGAACAAACCCAGAGAAAAAUUUACCACGCGGGAGGAGCUACUGAAAAUUGCCACGGAAUGAAACCAUUGUGUUAUGGAUCUUUAUUUUCUGACAGAAGAUCUAUAUCCAUGCAAUGGGUAUUUUUGGGCUGAAAAUAGGUACUUCUUUUUUCUUUUUGCCCGCCAUCUUGUUGCCACCCUCUCGUUUUCAUGUCAAUGAUCAUAUAUUGUAACACAAGGUUUUCAUGUCAAUGUUCAUUCUAUUGUAACAAGAAGACCAGAGUGCUUGAGCGGCAUGGCAUUGAAUUCCAAGAAAAUAACAUUGACAGUCGUUCCAAUGGGAACAGAAACAUUUGGCUUUAAAUUUUCAAUGUGUGAACAGGAACUGAUGCUUUAAAUUUUCAA